CAUGAAUUCUCAUUAGGCCAAUUGGCCUUUGUGGUGGCAUAACUACCACCACAACCAAAAACAAUAAAAAUUAUUCUUUUUACGGACGCGAUCGUUUUCAUUGAGUAAUUUCUGGAAUUAGGGAUUGUUUCGGUGUUCUUAUUUGCUAGUUCAUUAGUCAGGCAAGAAUCAUUGUAGUACAAUGGAUGACUCUCGAAAUAUUGUCAUUAUCGGAGGUGGUGUUACAGGCAUUAGUUGCUUGUACUUUCUUGUGAAUCAUCCUAAGUUUAACAGGGAACGUGAUACCAUCACUCUGUUCGAAAGUUCUGGAAUUGCGUCAGCAGCAUCUGGUAAGGCUUCUGGCUUUCUUUCGUUAGAAUGGCACGGACCUUCCACCAGCUCGCUGGCUUCUCUCUCAUAUAAUCUCCACAAGCAGCUGGCUGAUGAGUACAAUGGUCAGCAAAAAUGGGGUUAUCGGUCCCUGGAUACCUGGUCUAUAAAAGCAGAUGAAAAAUGCACUUAUCCUGACAAACUGUCACCCGAUAUUGAAUGGAUUGAACCCUCCAUAGUGGAAAAGGUAACUCGCCUUGGAAACAAAAAAAAUUCUGCGCAGGUGCAUCCCUACAAAUUCUGCCAUGCCAUCUUUGAAGAAGCUAGCAAAAUUGCCAACGUUAACCUUGUAAAGGGCCAUGUCAUUAGUGUUGAUGAAAACGAAGUUGAGUAUCGUUUAAUCGGCGAUGAUUAUGCACCUGAUGAAGACGAAGAGAUUACUUCUGUUGAAGAGCUUCAUACCAUACAUUCUAUGGAAGCUUCUCAUGUGAUCGUUGCGGCGGGCCCUUGGACUCCUCAUUUAAUUCCCAAUCUACGCAUCUGCGGUGCCCGCAUUCACAGUAUCACAGUUGAUCUUCCUAUGAGACUUAACGGAAAUGCAGUUUUUUCGGAAAUUGUUUAUGCUGACGGCACUAUUGGUGCUCCUGAAUUUUAUGCUCGUGAGGAUGAAUUGUACGUUUGUGGCGAAUUUGACGAUGAACCUUUGCCCGAACUGUCUUCGGAAACAAGGAUCGAUCAGAGAAGAUGUCAAGCUAUUAAGGAAUGUGCGGAUCAUUUCCAUCCUGUCAUUCGCGAUUCCAAUGUAAAAGUACGCCAAGCUUGUUAUCUUCCCAUUUCAAAUGCAACGGGUGCACCUGUAAUCGGAAAAAUUGGUUCUUCCAUCUACGUUGCUGCUGCCCAUGGUUGCUGGGGUAUCACCUUGGGCCCUGGUACCGGAAAAGUUCUUUCAGAAAUGGUUUUGGAUGGGAAAGUUUCAAGCGCCAACAUUGAUCUCUUAGAUCCUGAAGGAUCUUUUGUUUAAACUCAUCAUGUCGUUUAUAACCUUCUCGUAUUACAUCUUCUGAUUUUAUGGUCAUUUUUUGUCCGCAUUUAUUUUGGUCUUCUAAGUACAAUACCCCUGAGAGCACCUUCUUCCUCCCCCGAUAUGAUAUCUCCUCACAACCCUCUUUUAUCCUUGAUGCAGGUUGAAUUGAUGCGAUUAUAGAGUUGUUUACUGUUAAAAUGGUAAAUAUUCAGGAUACAUAUUUAAUAUGUUCUGUUUAAAAUUAUUCUGCUUUUUGCUAUUCGGUUAUCUUCCCUUGUCCAAAAAGCAAUGAAAGACCACUGGAAUCAUAUAGCCAAUUUUUUGAGACUCCUGCUGACAACAAUAAGAGCGUCAAUCAAUUUUGCUUGAAGUAAAGUCUUUCAUUAAUGCUAUCUUUAUAUAAUCUUAUUUUUAUAUUAAUAAAAAGACACCAACGUUUGUCAAUUGAUAAUUAAUGUUAUAACCCGU